AACAUAACCCAGGAGGCGUAAAACUUUCCCUGCGCGCAACUGCCUCCAAACCGCGCACAGCCUAUUCUGACCAUGAAAGGCAUUUUAAACUUUAUCUAGUAGUUAAAAAGGCGUGUGCAAUAGCAAGUUAUUGAAAAUAACAUAGCAGUUUCUAUUUAUGGUGCGUUUGCGAGUCUUGUUUUGGCACUGAGAAGUUUUCGGUGAUGGGCAUGGCUGCGCUCUGGGGUUCCCCGGUGAGUGUUCUUCAUGUCUGGCUUCCCCUGUUGAUCUGCGGCCAGUGUGCUUUGGCUUUUUCGGUCGCUGGACAACAAGAGACGACCUGCGAGGCGAACGGCAGUGUUUAUUAUGUGGGUGAAUGGUACUUUUUAGACUCAGAUCAUUGUACCCAAUGCGAAUGUACAGCAGACGGGUCUGCUUGCGCGCGGACUGAGUGCACAUCCCUGCCGGCCGCCUGCAUCCAUGUCAGCCAUUACCCGACAGACUGCUGCCCGAGAUGCGAGAAGAUCGGCUGCGAGUACGGCGGAGAAGUCUACGAACUGGGGCAGCAGUUUCAGCCCUCUGCAUGUGAGCAGUGUACCUGUUACAGCGACGGCAUCGCCCGCUGUCAGGUCGCAGACUGCGCCCCUCCACCAUGCGUUAAUCCAGUCUAUCAGAAAGGAAAAUGCUGCCCUCAGUGCAAGGAUGGGCCCAAUUGUUACGUCAAUGCCUCUAGGACCCAAGUGAUCCCUGGAGGUGAGCCAGUGUGGGUCGACUCCUGUACUAAAUGUCGAUGUCAUGACGGUCAGGAUGCAGGUUACUGGGAGGGCAACCGUCUGGCAACGUGUUCCCAUGUCCGCAACUGCCAGCCUGACGAGGGGCUAAACUGAGGAAAGAGGUCAAAAAUAGGGUCAACUGUCAUCCCCAUUUAUACAACGGAUGACAAAAACUCAGCAGAUAUCUAAACCACACUUCCUGAUGAAAGUGUCGAGGCUAUAUAGCCUACAAGCUUUUAAUGAUUAAAAACAAGUGUAUUAAUACUUUAAUUAACCAUUUAACAUUCCAGUUGUUAAUGUAAAUUGAGUGGGUAUAAUAUUGCUUUGACUUACUGAGGGAUAUUCCCUAAUGAACCAGAUAAUAGAGCUUAGUUUGAGACACCUUUUUGGCAUGGUUAAAAAUAGCACAGUGAGCAUAUUACAUUGUUUAUAUGCCUUUUAGUAUCUACAGUACAGUUUCAAAAUUUUGACAUUGGGCACUAUGUAGUGCAAGUUUGCACAUGCAGAUGCGAUGAUUUUUUUUUUUUUUUUUAAAUAUAUAUAUAUUUGAAGUACUAUGUACAUUUAUAUCAUUUUCUGCUUCAAGUGCAUGAAAACCAAAGUAUGUUCAGACUGCAAGACUUACAUUACUGCCAUGCAGGCAUGGAAACAGCUAAUGUAGCAUUAAAUACAAACCAACUAACCUAUCAUAAAUUAAUCAUUUAUAAAUAAAGCAGGCUCAUUUUUGCUUUAUUUCACUUCGUUAAAAGAACAUUGCUACUUUUUUCGAGGUCUGUAUUUGCAGCAAUGAAACAGAAUGUACACAAAUAUAAAUAAACCACAAGUGAUCUA